AUGUUUUACUAUGCGGGCGUCUCUCCGACUCCCCCGAAGCUGGUCUACCGUACGGGAAGCGAUAAGAUGCCCUGGGUCAAGCCUACGGGACAGGAGGCCUACCGCAGGCUCAAGGAGGCGCGUGGUGUGUUCGGCCACAAGCUCAACACCAUCUGGAAUGACGUGGGGCCUAAGGUUUGCGACCUUCUGAUCGCCCAGGAGGUUGCUUGGACUUCCAUCGACGUCGUUCGAUUCGUCACCGAUGGAGACGGAGACGAGAAGAUCAAGGGUCCCGUCGUUAUUUGGGUUGGUGUUGUCCCCGGUUCGCUCGACAGCAAUAACGCCUUCGACUCGAGCAAAGGGAUCCUUGACCUCCUCGCGAUCAACGACGUCAACGACGUCGAGGUCGAGUACCGCGAGUCCGUCUACACGCCGUCGGUCGGUCCAGCGCUUCUCAGCUCCGUUUCCAACCUCAACACCACCGUGGACGUUUGCGGCCCCCUUACUCCCGCUCUCGGACUCUUCAUCGCUGCCUCUGACAGGCAGGACGCCCAGGGCACCAUGGGCCUCUAUUUCGCCGAGGGUGGCAGUAGCGACAAGGUGUUGGGUCUCACUUGUCACCACCUUCUCUUCAAGACAGACGAGAAGACCAACUUCACGGGCGCUGGUGCGCCGCCCAAGCAUGUCCAACUUCUCGGCACUCGCCGCUUCCAAAAGCUUCUUGACGACAUCAAGCUGCGUAUCGGUCGCCACGGUAUCAUGCUCCCGAUUCACGAGGAAGAGAUCAAUAGAUUAAAGGUGAAGGUGGCGUCCAUGGAAGAGGCUGGCAACGUGGAGGCCGCCGCGGAAGCGAGCGAGGAGCUAGAGGAGACUGAACGCCAGUUGAAAAAGACGAACAAGGCGAUCGAGGACCUCGAGAGAUUCUACGAGAAGGUUAAGAUGGAGUGGGGCCCGCCCAAACGGCGCAUCAUCGGCCACAUCCGCUCCUCCCCCGCCCUCACCUUCAACGUCGGUCCCAAAGGCUUCACCGAAGACUGGGGCGCGUUCGAGCUCGACGGGUCCAAGUUCAAGAACGCCUUUGGAGGCAACUUCAUCAAUCUUGGCACCGAGAUCCCGUCCGACCAGUUCACCGUAAAAAUGUACCCUCGAGAUGACGGGCCGACGACCUUCAAGUACCCCAGCAAUCGUCUCCUUGCACUCCGAGGCAUGAUCACCGAAGAGCGCAUGCGCAAUCCCGACAUGCUCGAUCACGACAACGAGACCUGCUUGUUCGUCAUCAAGAACGGCAACGCUACGGGCGUCACCAUAGGACGCGCGACGGGAAUCUUCUCGUUCGUUCGCUCCGACUUAUCCAGUCAGGGGUCCAAGGAGUGGGCCAUAUACAACUACGAUAGUAAGUCCGGCGUGUUCUCAGCCCGCGGCGACUCCGGGUCGAUCAUCGUCGAUGGACUUGGUCAUAUCGGUGGUCUUCUUACCAGCGGCGCUGGCAAGACGGAGACUUCGGACGUUACCUACGCCACCCCCAUGUUUUGGCUCUGGCCCCGCAUCAAGGAGCACUUCCCCAACGCUCACCUCAACCCCACCACCAUGGCCUAG